CGGCUCCCGGCGUUCCGGUGCGCGCUUCCGGUGCGCAGACCGGAAGCCUCGGCGGGAAGCUCGGAGGAACGGCGGCGGCCGAGCGGCGGGCGACGGGGGCGGGCGACGGGGGCCGCGGCCCGGGCGGAGCCGGGGCCAUGGAGCCGCCGCUGCCGGGCUAGGCAGGUCCAGCCCGCCGGUCCCGCGGCGAUGUCGGGCUACCCGCGCCGCCCGGGCGCCACCCCGCUGUCCCGAGCCCGGAGCCUCGUCAUUCCCGACGCUCCAGCGUUCUAUGAGCGCCGGUCUUGUCUCCCCCAGCUAGACUGUGAGCGUCCCCAUGGCAGGGACCUGGACUCCCACUUCUUCGGCAUUCGGCCGACUUUUAUGUGCUAUGUGCCCAGUCCGGUGCUAGCUUCCGUGGGAGAUACAGAUUGUGGCUAUGGAAAGGGGAAAUGUACUAAGCAAGGCCCAUCAGAAGCCCACAAGACACGUUUUGGAGAUGACAAAGCUGAAGAUCUUGAAGAGGCAAAUCCAUUCUCCUUUAAAGAAUUUCUGAAAACCAAGAACCUUGGCCUGUCCAAAGAAGACACAACCAACAGAAUUUAUUCAAAGGAAGCCUCGAGGCACUCACUGGGACUUGACCACAACUCCCCAACCUCCCAGCCCGUGGGGUAUGGCCUGGAAUAUCAGCAGCCAUUUUUCGAAGACCCGACGGGGGCUGGCGACCUCCUGGACGAGGAAGAAGAUGAGGAUGACGGUUGGACUGGGGCCUAUCUGCCUUCUGCCAUGGAGCAGACGCACUCUGCAAGGGUCUCUGCCAGCAUGUCACCCUGUGGCACAUACCUCUCAUUUUUUUCCACCCCAUCGGAGCUGGCAGGGCCCAAGUCUCUGCCUUCAUGGUCGUUGAGUGACACUGACUCUCAUGUGUCUCUGACAUCUCCCGCGGGGAGUCCUAGCACAGACUUUGCGGCUCACGGAGAGUCUCUGGGAGACCGGCACUUGCGGACGCUGCAGAUAAGUUACGAGGCACUGAAAGAUGAAAAUUCUAAGCUAAGAAGAAAGCUGAAUGAGGUUCAGAGCUUCUCUGAAACUCAAACAGAAAUGGUGAGGACACUUGAGCGGAAAUUAGAAGCAAAAAUGAUCAAGGAGGAGAGUGACUUCCAUGACCUGGAGUCGGUGGUUCAGCAGGUGGAGCAGAACCUGGAGCUCAUGACAAAACGGGCUGUAAAGGCAGAAAAUCACGUCAUGAAACUGAAGCAGGAAAUAAAUUUGCUCCAGGCGCAGGUCUCCAGCUUCAAACGUGAGAAUGAAGCCCUGCGGUCGGGCCAGGGCACCAGCCUGACAGUGGUGAAGCAGAACACAGACGUGGCCUUGCAGAACCUCCGUGUCGUCAUGAGCAGCGCACAGGCUUCCAUAAAGCAGCUGGUUUCCGGAGCCGAAACGCUGAAUCUUGUUGCCGAGAUCCUUAAAUCUAUAGACAGAAUUUCUGAAAUUAAAGACGAGGAGGAGGACUCCUGAGAAGCUCUGCGACACUGUCGGCCUGACGCUCCGUGUCUUUAACUGUGCAGUCUUCACUCAGAGUAAAGUAUUUAUCACAAGAUACUAAUUUCAUGACCUAGAACAGUAUUAUUGGCCACCUAUCAUAGGAGCUGAUCCUAUCUGGGAGUCCAAGCUACAAUUUACAUGCAGUCCUUCCUGGUGAAAUUCCUGCUAUUUUAUAGAUUCUGAUGAUCUAUUGGAAGGAGUCUUUAUAAAAGCCAGCGCUUUUUUUUAUUUAACUGCUAAACAUGAAAACAGCAAUUCUGUAAUAAGUGUUUUCCAUUACUGUCUAAAAAAAUUGUAAGAUAAGUUCACAUGAUCAGCCCUGAUGUUGUAAGUAGAAAGAACACUACAUGAGCCAUUGUAGACAAAAUCGGCUUGGGCAGGGACUUGUGCCUUUUCACCAUUACUCAGGGCCCCUCUGGCUCCCGGUUCACUCCUGCGGCCUUCCUGGGGUGGUUUCUGCAGUUGGCCCGAGUGAGGGGUGCUGCUUCCUGGAUGCUGCUGUCUUCCCACCAGGGACCAAGGGUGCGCAUUCCGCGUUGAAGCUGUUUACACACACCUCUGUGAGCUUUCAGAUCUGAAAAACUUUUGGGCUGUGGGUUUCGAUACACAUUGAAAGUGGCAUUUUGUACAAUGAAGUUUAGAAUUCAGGAAUUUAAGGUGUGUUCGGAGCCUUCUUGGGUCAGUGCGAGGUCUUCCAGACUACCUUUCUGAUCCCUCUCCCACACAGGGAAGAGCGGGGCGUGUACUGCGUGCCUUUUUGGCUAUUUUCUUGUGGACGUUAUUUUUUUAAAUAAAUUUUCUUUUCCCUCCUGUUCA